AUGAGAUUUAUAAUCCUAAUUCUAGUCUACUUCUUGAUUGCCUUUGCAAAGUCACAGCUUGCCGAUGUUGACUACACUGGCGAUGAAACGGGACACACUGCGCAUGGAACAUUUGAACAUGAGCGCCUUAAUCAUCCAGGUCUGACGGACGCUACUGGACGAAUUGCCAUAAGCGCAGGUGGUGCUGCAAGGCCAGCAAAUGCCAACUUUGCAGCUUAAUACAGUUUGAUGUGCUUGUGUAUAUACGAGAAAUAGUAUCAAAAAUGAUUUUUUUA